AUGGCUGACCAUGAUAAUCUACCGGACAUCGAACCAUGGAGAGUCAUCCUGGAGCAACAGUAUCUCCAGGCCAAGUUCUGGCUGUACCGGCGUGGCGAGCCAGCACACAUGAACCCCUUUGACUGGUUUGUCCAGGUGGCGGGAGUUCAAGGAAUCAAAUUCUGCAAGACGCUCGGAUGGGGCGGCCAGGGCGUGGCGACGUUGUGGCAGAUGCGCGACAGACGGCGUAGACGAAACGUGGUGGUGAAAAUAAAUCUUGACCCGCAGAUGCAAGGCGCCAUCAGCGAAGAGAAGGAUAUGAUGAAGGAUCUCGCCCGAGCACCGCACAUCAUCCAACGCUUCUUGCUACAAGACAUUUCGGCGACAGAGGCUCGGGUUAACAUAGACGACGACCCGAACCUGAUCAUCAUGCCGUACUGUAAAUAUGGCGACCUUACCAAGUGGCUGUCAAAAUCAGGGAACGGAGGGCCUCGAGGAUAUCCAGCCUGGAUCCCUCCAUCAGUGCUCUGGAGAUACUUUGACUGUUUGGUGAAAGGGUGCAUCGCCAUGCAAUACCCGCCACGGUAUCAAGAGCUGAACCAGGGCCCUGACGAUGACUAUGUUCCUAUACCUCAGCGCCCCAAUCAAGACCUGCUCCCAGAAGUAGUACCUCCGCCUGAUCUACGUGACGACGACGUGGCUCUCGUCCACCGUGAUUUCGAUCAUGGCAAUGGUAAGCAGACCCACACUGUCGGUAUCUUGUUGCAAAUCAUGUGUGUAGCGGAUCUUGGCCUGAUGAGGCCACAAGAGUACUUUCUGAGAGAACCUCGAUAUUCUCCACAUCCAAACUGGGACCGCGAACUGUUGUGGUCGUCUAGAGCAAUGGGAAAGCCGGGCUGGUGGGCUCCGGAGGUAUGGACGGCCGAAUGGGAUGAUAUCGGCCCCAAUUCGGAUCCGAACACAGAGCCAAGAUUCAGAACAGUUGCAGGAAAUUAUGGAAGCCACUCGAAUGUGUGGCAGAUGGGCAUGAUAAUGAGAUGCUGCAUGCUGCUAGAGCAGCCACCUGUGGCACCGGUGACCGACCGUGUGCAACGUUUCGAGGAACCUGGGAGCCCCGAGAUGCACUUCACCGGCGGAUUCGACCUGCUCAAUGACCCAGCCUGCGUCAGCUUCUAUGGCAGGGAGAUGUGCGAGCUUGUGGCGCGGUGUCUUGAGUACGUGCCGCACCACCGCCCAGACCUAGAAACCCUGCAGCGGGCGGUCACGGCUGGCCUGCAGGCAGCGGACCCUGUGGGCCCGUCUUGGAGGACGACGUACUUUGGCAACCCACCGCCGCCACGGGGGCCAGUCGAGGGUGUCAGGCUCGCCGACCUGGACCCAUGGGCAGGAAUGUGA